UGCCCCCACCGCCGCGGCUGCCGCAGGUGAAGUGAGGUGCGCUCCGGUCCCGUCUGCGCUGCCACAGGGAGGCCGCCUGGGCCAGGCGAGCCGAACCAAUACUGGACCUGGAGGUGGUGCCUGAACGCUCUUUGAGGAACGAGCAAUGGAAAUUCACACUGGGAAUGCCUCUGGCUCAGGCAGUAGCCAUUCUUCAGAAGCACUGUCCCAUCAUCAAAAAUGUCCAGGUUCUCUACAGUGAACAGGUGAUCGAAGUAUAUGAUUUGACUAAAGUAAAGUUAAAAUAUUGUGGCGUGCAUUUUAAUUCUCAGGCCAUAGCUCCUACCAUUGAGCAGAUUGACCAGUCUUUUGGUGCAACCCAUCCUGGAGUGUACAACUCCACUGAGCAGCUCUUCCAUCUCAACUUCAGAGGACUGUCUUUCUCUUUUCAAUUAGACUCAUGGACCGAGGCUCCCAAGUAUGAGCCCAAUUUUGCCCACGGCCUGGCUUCUCUCCAGAUACCCCAUGGAGCAACUGUAAAACGAAUGUAUAUCUACAGUGGCAACAGCCUACAGGAUACCAAGGCUCCCAUGAUGCCUCUGAGCUGUUUCCUGGGCAAUGUGUAUGCUGAGAGUGUAGAUGUUCUUCGAGAUGGAACUGGACCUGCAGGUUUACGACUUUGCCUACUUACUGCAGGUUGUGGACCUGGCCUAUUAACAGAUGCCAAGAUGCGGGUAUUUGAAUGUUCAGUGUGUUUUGGUGAUUCCUGCCAAGAUGCUCUCAGCAUGCUUGGCUCUCCACACAAAGUCUUCUAUAAAUCAGAAGACAAGAUGAAAAUUCAUUCUCCUUCCCCUCAUAAACAAGUUCCCUCGAAGUGCAAUGACUACUUUUUUAACUAUUUCACUCUUGGAGUGGACAUCCUCUUUGAUGCAAAUACACACAAAGUGAAGAAGUUCGUUCUACACACCAGUUACCCUGGGCAUUAUAAUUUCAACAUUUAUCAUUGCUGUGAGUUCAAGAUCCUAUUAGUCAUAAAGAAAGAAAACGCAGAUGGUCAGACAGAAACGUGCACAACCUACAGUAAGUGGAACAGCAUCCAGGAGCUCCUAGGUCACCCUGUGGAGAAGGCUGUUGUCCUGCACAGGUCUUCCUCCCCAAACACCACCAGCCCAUUUGGCUCCACAUUCUGCUUUGGUCUUCAGCAAAUGAUCUUUGAGGUCAUGCAGAACAACCACAUUUUCUUGGUGACCCUGUAUGGCCCCCCCAGGCCUGGUACCCACCUGAGAACAUCGGAGCUCCCCUAGGGACAUCACCACUCAUGUCCCUCUGUCCUGUUUAACUGUGCCUCACAUCCUGCCCAGUGGGCCUCUGUACCACCCUGUGGGUUUUCUUGGACACCUGGCCAGUGUUGAAGGGCUGCUGUGAUAUUCUGAAGUUGGUCUCAGGCUGGGUGCUCUGCCAUGGGCUGAGCGGCCCAGAUAUUCUUCUGUCCAUCCUCGGCCUGCUGAUGUCAGCAGGGGACACAGACUGCAAAGAGAAGCACAAACUUUGAGCCUUGAUUCCUGGACCCAGGAGCUCUCAACUAACAUGCAAGGAGGCAGGACACAUCAACCCUUGUCACAUGCACAUUGGGAAGACUUGGGGCUUUUUCUGUGACUGAGGGCACAGGCACUGAGGAUAAGAACAAGCUCCUGCCUUUGGCCCCACAUUGCCAUGUGACCCUUAUGGCAAGCAGGUAGCGUGUCUGUAAUACUUGGUUGCGACAUUUGCACUACAUCCACUUUAGUUACUUGAUAAGCUGGCUGUGGCCAGGGUGGCCCACCUGCCCUUCCCUGUUCCUUUUUUGCAUGUGCUCCCUGCCUGGGCA